UGUCAUGGCGGCCAAGGUGGUGAUGGUGGCCGUCCCGACGGUGCUGGGCAUUGCUUCUAUCCGUGUGCAUGGAGACAGUGAAGCUCCAGUCGAUGAGCUAAUUACUCGUGAAAAGCUGUCCAUCUACAACCCUUUGCCACAGUCUCCUCAGUUUCAGUUUGUUGCAGAGAAGCCUGGGACACUUCAGAGUGGCUUUACUAACCUGAGAGAGACCUUGCUACCUUAUGUCUGGGCUUUACAGGAUGCCUGUGUCUCUGUGAAAAAGGGAAGCAUUAACUUGUACCACGUUGGAGAAGAUGCAUAUCAUUAUUUGAAAGAUCCCCCACCUGGUUUUCUACCCAGAGUAAGCACCAUCACCUUGGCUGGCCUGCUUGGCGUGUUCCUGGCACGGAAAGGCUCUCGCCUCAGGAGGUUAGCACUUCCUCUUGGCAUGAUGAGUGCAGGUGUAUCAGUGUGCUACCCUGCCCAAACAGUGGCUGUGCUCAAGGUGACUGGCAAGAAGAUGUAUGCUGCAGGCCAGUGGAGCGGCACUACGGUCUCCUCUCUGUUCACCUCCAAAUCAAAGGAGCAAGUUUCCAAUGAGCUGGUUUCCCCACAACCAGAGCCAGCCACUUUGCCAAAGCCGGACUCUCCAGUAGCAGAGGAGGUGCCUCUCGCACCAUGCCAUGCCCCAGAGCCCACAUCUACCUCAGACGGCCCUGCCCAGACCGCGCCCACCUUGGAGUCGGAGACAGUGGUAGACUCUUUGCAGUCUGAGUCUGCUCCUGCCGGCGAGGAGCCACCUUCCCCUGUUGACAGCAAAGAUCCAGCAGAAAUUAAACAAGACUCUUUGCAGUCCGAGUCUGCUCCUGCUGCCGAGGAGCCGCCUUCCCCUGUUGACAGCGAAGAUCCAGCAGAAAUGAAACAAGACUCUUUGCAGUCCGAGUCUGCUCCUGCUGCCGAGGAGCUGCCUUCCCCUGUUGACAGCGAAGAUCUGGCAGAAAUGAAACAGACAUCCGAGGUCACCUCCGCUGAAUCCAGCCCAGUUGAGACGAUACCCACCUCAGCAACAGAGGCAGAUGUGCAGUCUGCACCAGCCGAGUUCACGCCAGCCUCCAAAGAACCGUCUGCCCCCGAGCCCUUAGAACUGACACCAGAGGCUGUGGUAGAACCCACACCAGCCGAGUCUGUUCCGGCCCCUGAGCAACUGCCUGCCCCCGUAGAAAGCGAGGAGCCCUUAGCCCCAGCACAAGAAUUAACCGACUCCACUGCUGCUGCCAAUGAGGCACCAACCCCUGUUGUGGAGGAGGCCUCAGCCCUGACACACACGCCACCACUUCCCCAACAGGCCGAGACAGAGACCUCCACAGGGGUCUCUGGUUUCAACGCGGACCCUGCUUUAGUGGACUAUGGUCAGUCGAACCCAGAGGAUGAAGACCUGUACAGCACUCGCAGCUGAGACGACAGCAUGGCACAUCAGAAACCUCUCUGCCAAGCUGUCACCUCACAUCUCUCUCAGACUGACACGCAGUCAGUAAAUACAGAAACAGUCAUCUCACAGUGUCAGAAACAGUCAUCACACAGUGUCAGAAACAGUCAUCUCACAGUGUAAAUAGACAAUCUUGUCAGCGAGCAUAGUUCAGAAACCCCUCACCAAUAGCUCUGUUUCCUUCUUCUUCUUUUUUUCUCAUGGCCGAUAUUUCCCAUUUGUAUUACCUCAUUAACGGUCCAAGUGUCAUUGCUUUAGCAAGAUAAUUGCUUUUGGCAGCGGUACGAGCUUCAAAACACACAUCAUUUUAAAUUACCAACUUAAGAAAGGUAUGGGAAGACUAAGAAACGCAUGGGGAAAUACGCCCACUACUGUUACUUAAUAUAACAACGGUAGUUUUGCUCUUGUCUGAACGUAAUCGGCUUAUGUAAUGGAUGUUGCUUUCGCAGUGAUGAAUGCGUCGUCCUUGUAUUUGUGUUAAUUCAAGACACUACGUUGUUUAGUGGAAGGCUGUAGUCGUGCUUGUAUGGAUUAUGAUGAGAAAGUGGACACUCGCAGCUCCAUUUUGUCACAUCUAUUCCAAAAUAUUGGCUUGGGUGCCCUAAAUAAAUCUAUAUUUUUCAU